AUGGUGCAGCCCAUCGUCAGGUCCAGACAGGAGUAUGAUCUGUACUGGCCUCGCCUGGGUGGUCGGAGCAGCUCCAGGACCCCUCCACCUGGCUCUACCUCUCCCUCCGAGACCAUUCAGCUUGGGAACAGGUUCGAAGUGCUGGGAAAGCUGAAUAAAAAUCCACCCAACUGCCUGGAUCCUCCCGCCAGCCCGGUCCAUCCACUACCUAGGCUCCUCCCGUCGGGUCCAACAAGAGCCUCUCGCCACUCUGGAGCAGUGGCACACAGGGAGGCAGGAGCCUCACAGCGCACUGGAGGAGAGUCACACCGCGCACCGCUACAGCACACCUCAUCCAGGGGAAGGAGCCCCCUGCCACCAGGUGAGCCACAGCGUCAGCAGCCAACAACGCUGGUGAUAGGAGACUAUUAUCCGUCAUGUCAGAACCCACUCGGCACUGACGUGCUGCUUACCCGGCGCCACAGUCCGCGACAUCACCACUGAAGCUACCGAGCUCAUUUCAAACAGUCCAGGAAUCACAACAGUAAUAAUCCACGCAGGCACAAAUUCAAUUCAAUAUAACUUUAUUGUCCCCGCAGGGAAAUUUGUCGUGGACAGUCAGUACUGCUAAAUAACAACUGCAUUGCAUAAUGCGCGAACCAGAAACACAUACAGACAUACAGACAGCCGACAGUUCUGCAUUAACAGACAUAUCACAUCAUCUUCUCAUUUCACACAAAUGGGUACAUUUUCAGAGCCAGACCACAGAUAUUGCAUAACCCUAGUUGCAGAGAAGAAACAAGUUUCAAUGGUACUUAGAAAGGCCUACCAAAGGUGGCAGAUAAAUGGGUACUGAUAAGGAAUAUUUAUAAAGUGCAGAGUGACAUUUAUGGUUCUAAGAACCAAGAUAAGUAAUUAAAAACAAUAAAAGAAUUUUAAGAAUACUAAAGAGAUAGAGAAUAAUAUCUCAGCGAAUUAAGAACCUUUUAAGAUAUUGCAGGUGGUUUGUUCAAGAGGUGGAUGGAUGUUGGGAGGAAAGAGAGCUUGUAGCGAUUGCUUUUGUAUCUGCUUGCUCUGUAUCUUCUCCCCGAGGGCAAUAAUUCAUAUUCUGUAUACAGAAUAUGUGAAGGAUCGUUUAAAAUGCUAUGUGCCAGAUUUACUACUGUACCUUCGAAAAUUGACUGGAGGGUCAGGUAAUCCUUGAUGCCGAUUAUUUUCAUAGUUGUUUUUACCUGCUUUUCUAACCUCGACUUGCACUGGACUGAUAGAAAAUAGAUAGAAAAUGAUCAUGACCCUGGUACUCACACCAAGCAGCCUUAAUCGGCGAAGAAAGUGCAGUCUCUGGGCUAGUUUAGUGCAUAAAAUAUCAAUGUGCACAUGCCAUUUAAGUAGGUUAUCGAUAUGUGUGCCCAAGUAUUUUUAAGAUCCCACCUGCUCAAUUUCACAGUCGUUAAUAUUCACACAGUCAUGCUCUCUCACCUCCCUAGGAUCAAAGAUCAUCUCUUUAGUUUUAGUGGUAUUGAGGAUGAGGUGACGCAUCUUACACCAGUCUUUAAAAGUGUCAAUCUCAUUGUGAUAGACUGAUGGGCAGUUAUCCACGUGUAACAGGCUUAGGAUGAUUGUAUCAUCUGAAAAUUUGAUUACAUGAUUUUUGUGGUUACUGCUUCGGCACUAAUUUGUGUACAGAGUAAACAAGAAAGGUGAGCUUACGGCUCCCUGGGGUACUCCAGUACUGCAGUAUUUCACCUGAGAAAGUGUGCCAUUUACAUUGACUUGCUGUGACCUGUUAGUUAAGAGUGAAUAGAACCAAGAGCUAAAAUCUGUGAAUAAAACCUGUGCAUAAGCUUUGGGGUCUUCCAGGUGCUUACUAAGUGAGAUACACAGGUUACAGCAUCCUCAGUGCUUCUUCCCUUCCAAUAUGCAAACUGGAGGGGAUCAAGACAAGGAGAAAUCACAGGUUUUAUCAAGCUUAAGAUUGCCCUCUCAAAACAUUUCAUGACUCCACACGUUAAGGCUAUCGGUCUGAAAUCUUUGUUUUGUGUAGGGCAUGAUACCUUAGGUAUAGGAACAACAAUUGACUUCUUCCACAGCACGAGGACAGUGAAGCUUCCAAGUGACAGAUUAAAAAUGGGGCACCAUGCAUCUGUUAACUCUUCAGAAAAGUGUUUUAGUAAGAUCGAGGGCAGUCCAUCAGGGCCCUUGGAUUUCUUAGUGUUCACAUUUCUAAAAAUGGACUGUACAAGUUUAGGUUCAAUCACCACCACACGAUCUGAAGAAUCAUUGAGAGUGUCCAAGAUCUCAUCAGUCCUCAAGGUAGUGUUCUGUGAGUCAAACCUUAGAAAGAAGUCAUUUAACUCAUUUGCUCUGUCUUGGUCGUUUGACGUAAUGAGCUGUUUCUGAUUGGAGUUCAUGUUUGUUAUUGUUUUCAUGGAGUCCCACAGAGAUUUGCUGUCCAUAAGCUAAAGCUCUGUUCUAGUUUAACCCUGUGUUUUUCUCUGGCCUGCUUAAGCAUUGAGUUGAUUUCUUUCUGGGCAGAAACCACACCGACACGGUCCUUAUUUUUGAAGGCCAGCUUCUUCUUAUUGAUGCAGGACUUGACCUCUUUGGUAAUGUGUGGCUUGUUGUUGGGGAAAUGUUUGACCUCCUUUUUUGGGACAACAUUGUCUACACAGAAUUUGAUGUAUUCUGUAAUAGUCUCAGUAGGCUUGUUUAGCUCCAAACAGUGAAAGACAUUCCAGUCUUUGCAGGAGAAACAUCCUCUCAGGGUCUCAAUGCUGUCCUCAUUCCACUGAAGCACAGUUUUUUGUUGGGGCUUACUGGAUUUAGGCACUGUAUUUUAUGUGGGCAUCAGCUGGAUUGUCAAACGGUCAGAGUUUGAGAGAGGGGGGAGGGCCUUGGCCUUAAAGGCAUUUUUUAUGUUCCCAAAGUACUUAUCUAAAAUUUUGUCAUUACGAGUGCCACAUUUAACAUAUUGAUAAAAUCCAGGGAGAGCAAGUUCAAGACGACAAUGAUUGAAAUCCCCGAGUACAAAAACAGGGGCCUCCAGUGUGCGCUGCAUUUGGUUGUGCAUACAUUCAGCCAAGCGAUUUGCAGCUCUAGCUGCGUUUCCACUAGGUGGAAUAUAAGCUGCACAUAUGAUUACAUUACCAAACUCUCUUGGUAAGUAGAAGGGUCGCAUUGAUAUACAGAGCAGUUCAAGAUCGGGGUCACAUAUUGUUCCUCUGACAAUAACUUGAGAACACCAAUUGUCUUUGACAUACACACAUAUGCCUCCUCCCUUGAGUUUCCCCGAAGAGGCUUCUCUGUCCACCCGCACACAGGAGAAGCCCUCCAGUUGGACUGAGGUGUCAGGGAUAUCUUUACAGAGCUGUGUCUUCGUUAAAACCAUACACAAUACACAACUCUCUGUACUCGUAGCAGUUGCAUGUGCAUAGUCUUCGCUCGUCCAUUUUGUUAUAUAAUGAGAGCACAUUACUUAAAAUAAUUGAGGGGAGUGGUGGCUUGUUACCCCUUCUUUGUAGCCACUGUCUGACUCCUCCACGCUUCCCCCUCUUCCGCUGUUGGAGUCUGGCGGUGUGUCUCCUCUCUGCCGAAGAGCAAGCAGGGCCUCCCUGGUGUACGCUCGAUGCACUCCGUUGAGCGCAGUGGAUGUGGAAGGUGAAGGCAGGCUCUUGCACAGGAGCUCGCCCACCACCAGAAAAAGAAGCAGCAGAGAUAUGAGGGUCGGCAUAGCUCCGUGUCUGCCCACCUGUCCUUAGGUGCAGGGCUGCAGCUGAAGGAGUUGUAGCCGAUUUGGCUGUUUAGCCAAAUGCUAACUAGCACUGCUAGUCUCCAGUAGACUAGCAUUUGAGGUUAUCUUGACCACCACUACUGCUCUCAAAGUCUGAGGUAAGCCAGUUUGGUUUCAUCUCAAUCAUUGCUGCAGAGCACAUAACCCACCUGGGACUGUGAGAAUGGAGACUGUGAGAUCACAACCCGGACCGGAUAGGGGCGACGACGAAGCCUCGCCAGGAGAAAUCCGGCUAUCCAGAGAUAGCCACGAGGAAAGGGACGCUGAUCCUGGGCCAAGCAGGCAAUCGCAAAGGCUGGCAGAAAAAAGAAGAGACAGCAGAGAAACAGAGAAUAGUGGCUAUUGACCUGCUAAGCAAAGUCAGACAUCAGAAGAGUCAGGACACACACCUACACCAGAAGAGUCAGAACAUGAGGCGGAUGGGUCAGGUAGAUCAGGCACACAAAUGCCGGGCACACACAUGAGUGUGACCUGGCUAGCACAUUUAAUUGGGAAACACAUCAGUGGGAACAGGACAUGGAAUAAUAAAUGUUGGUGGCGAUGUUGUCAUGGCUGAUCAUCAGUGGGAUCCAAACCAUUUUAAAUCCCACAUGUGAGAAUUGUGGUGAAGAGAGGCUUACAAGAUGUGCUUUAGCUGCUGGAGUGAUGGCAACAAUGCAAACAGAAAUUCCAUAGAACAGGUGUUGGCAAGCUUGGCUAGUCAGCUAAUACCUCAUCACAUGACUAAGAUUCAGAAAGCAAAACCCUCCAAUCCGGAGGAUGCAAUUGCUGACCUCCUGGGAACAGCCUUACCCACGACACUAUGUGACAAAGAGCUCACUAGAUGCAUGUCUGUCGUGAUGUCUUCUCAGCUUGACUAUAAAGACUACUUGAUGGAAUGCUCUUUUGCAAAGAUAAAGGCACAAAGAGAAGAAAACACAGCUCCAGAUGUGAGGCAUUGAAGCUUCUGUCACUAUGUCAUGAAGAAAAUCUCAAAUCUCAAAGACAAGAUUGAAAGACUUGAUAAAACUUUACCAAAAAGAGAAAGAACUUGAUGAAGCCAAUAAACAGCUUGCUAAAACCACAGAGGAUCUGAGGUCAGAAUCCCUGCUAGAGCAAGCAACAGAAGAUCUAAAAGCUUUGAAAGCACUGGUCAAAGUGCAUGCUGAAGCUCUUGCAACAGAGGAGAAACAAACUUCUACCUUACAGCACCAGCUCAAGGUAGCUCAAAGACAGUUAAUUUUCUGUCAAGAACAGCAAGACAAGAAAGACAAAGAACUUGAAGAUGUCCAAGGAGAGUUACAACACUUCCUCCAGUCAAGUUGAGCCCAAAGAGAACAUAUGGGGCAAACCUUUCUUGAAGAAAGGAAAGGUGAUCAGCCUCUUGAGAGAGCUGCAUCACUUCCUUCCCAACCAACUCUUAAGUAUCUUUCACAGCAUCAUGACAGGACAUUUCUUGACCUUGGGAAGUCACCCUUGAACCAACAGUCCUACUCUCCUUCUCAUGAUGGCUUCUUACCAUUUCCCUCAAACAGGGAUCUUGACAAAAUUGCUCGCAACAUAGCAUGCUUUGAACCUGAGCACCAAGCUGCUAUUGACACCCACACCUACUUGAAAGACAUCGACAUCUACCUGGGGAAAUUUCCAGAUGCAACCAUUGAUGAAAAAACCUACCUUAUAAAGGCGACUUCAAGUCGAGAGGUUAGCAGUUUCCUUGAACGACAGCCUUAUCAUGUCAGAAAUGAUUUUGACUUGCUCUGUCAAGCAUUAAUCAAAGAGUUUUCUGACCAUUUAACCCAGUCAGGCUUCUCUGCUGCUGCUCUCUAUUAAACAAGGGAGAUCAGACACUCCUCAACAAUAUUACAACCGCUUAUGCAAAGCGUACUUUGGUUCUCGAAAUGAACCAGGAAUGGAGGAUGACUUGAACUUCAAAACGCUGAUCAGCCAGAACCUCCACCCUACCACCAGUCAUCAUCUUCGCGUCUUCGCUUGUCCAAACAUUUUGACUAGCUGACAGCUUUGUGAACUUCCUGUAAAAGGUUUUGCCAAACAACGACAAACUUUGGCUAAGAAAGCAGAGCCUGUUACUCUCUUGGCUGUGGAGACAAAAUCACUGCCCAUGGAGCUGAAUGAAGCUCCACACUAUGUAUUUUCAGACUCUAAUAAGCCUCCAAAUUAGUGGUUAACCAUGUGUCCAAAACCUUUUCAACCUCAACUAGAAAAGCACUUGGAGAGUGCAGACCUCUGCCAAGCAGCUCAUGUCCCCCCUUAUAUUGUGAUUCACACCAAAACUUUGACUGUUACGUGUCUCUUAUUAACUUUUAUUUGUGUUUAAACUGGUAUGUUCACUUUUCAUAAUGUUCCUAAAACAAGAAAUGCCCUGACCCGGAUUCGAACCCAGGACUGUCUUGCUGCGAGGCGACAGUGCUAACCACUACACCACUGUGCCGCCCAUCUACACCACUGUGCCACCCAUUGGUUAUCUUUUAGCAUUGGAAAUUCCAACGACACCCUCAUUUUUGUGUGUUCUGGAUCACAGUAUCCAGAAUUUUGUCUGACUCAGGAUCAACCUUUGACACCUUAUAAAACUCAUUGAGAUCCUUUUGUGUAAUUUUUUACUAAAGACUCUGGCCAUUUUUACAGAGUUAAAUGCAAAAAUUCCAAAAUUUGCCCUAUCUCACAAUGAUAAAGAAUCCUUCAAAAAAUUCCUGGAUCCAGAAGGCGAUCCGGAUCACCACCAAAAUGUAAUGAGAUUGUCUUGGGGCUGAGACGGACCUCUGGUGAAAAUUUCAGGUCAAUCCGUCUGUUACUUUCUCCGUAAAGUUUUUCACAGACAAACCAAAAUAAACAAACAACAAACCAACGCUACCGAAAACAUAACCUCCUCGGCGGAGGUAACAAACUCACAAAGGUCAAAGUUACACACCAAGGCCCAGGUCUGACACAGACCAACGCCAGUUAAACUUUAAGACCAACUGCUGUCCCUCAGAUUCCCAUCAGGGUGGGUUUUAUCCCAGGCAAAGGGAAAACCAUCAACACUGCCAAAGGGGGGUAAAUGACUGGCAGAAUCACAGUAAAUCACACUCUCAAAAAUGACGAUCUUAUUAUCCACCUCAAUCGGUUUCAUCCACUUUGAAGGUGAAUAAACAUGACCUCUCAGCUAACCACUGAGACUAACAAACUCUGGAGUCAUGAAGGUGUGAGUCCUGUGAAAGCAGAAGUCACCCAGCCAAAGCUAAAUGACUCCAAUAAGACAUCCAAAUGCUGUGGUGAUACAUUGAUAACUGCAACCACAGUUGCAGCUUUCUUUGUUAGCAUUUGUCUCGCCUCUGUCAAUAUGGUUAGUUUGUCAGCUGUCAAAUAUCCCAUGAGUAGAUUGAAAUAUGGAAUUUUUGUCAUUAAGAACGAGAUUGACAAAUUUCAGACUCAACAGCAGAUAAUUAGUCAAACAAUUAAAAGCAUAAUCCUCAAGUUUAACAAAGUUUAAUCUCCACAGUAAACUUUUGAUGUUUGUGAUCCAGGUUGACUAUGCUCAUACACGGCUGAUUAAUGUCUAUAGAAGACAUUUCUUUUUCACCUAAAUCCUAACCAUUUUUGAAACUGAAAUUGAACUUUCAGACUUUUCCAGCAAGGGUAAAUAACAGGUAUAUCUUUAGAUUCAGUUAGCAUUCACACUAAAUAGUACUUUUCUAAAUCUCAUUAAUACUGAAAAUUAGGAGAUUUUCUUUCACAUUAGUCUACCAAUAGUUAACUGAGAGAAGUCUACCACCUAGACGAUUUUAUUUGAUAGCUUGAUGUUAUCUUAAAGCAGAUAUUAGUGAUUCACAUGAGGACGAUGAGACGCAUCAGUCCUGUCUGCAUACACCUGCUGCUGCUGCUUCGUGGUUGUCUUCUCACUGUUCCAAUGCUCCAUGGACAGGAACAUUGUGAAAAAGGGGGGACUGUAGCACCGAGACAACUCUGUGUGUGAAACCCACACAUUCCUUACAGGAAAGGUUCCUUAUCUGGUCCCAGGACACAGGAUAAUAUAAAUCUUUCCAGACUUGUUUGCCCUUUCAGGUUACCUAACUGACCAGACCGGAGGUUGACCUAAACCUCUAGCUCUUCAUGAUUGGUCAAUUCAGAGAACAGAGACAGAGUUUUUAUUACCUUUUAAACCGACUCUAUCACUGACAAACUAAAUAAACAGUAAUGCCUCAACCCAGGUUUUCCAUUUGAGAUUUACCGUCUUUAAGUGUGUGAACCCCAAGGAAAGGUCUGAGGAGCAGGACACUGACCUCCAGACCUCAGUCGUAAAACCUUGCUCAACCAUGUACUGAUAAAAACUGCAUUCCUUUGUAGAAAGAAUAUAAAUGACUGAUAAUGACAUCUUAUGCAUUCAGCAAUGUGCUAAUCUGUCUAAUCAUGAAAUCUUUGUUAGAAUUAGAUGUUUCCUGCUUUUUAUGUGCUCCAGAAGCCAAGUCAUCACUCUGACAGAAUAAAUCCUUUAUUCUUUGUUUUUUUUAGACCAACAGCUUUUCAGACUGUUUCAUGAACUUUUAAGAGUUAAAUUUAUUGACUAUGAAUCCUAACUUUACUCUAAGUAACAGAAAUAGUUUAGAAAUGUUUGGUUUGUAUUUUAAUCAUUUAUUUAGUAUUUUUAACCACAAGCUUGUUAUAAUGUCACUAAGUUCUAUUUCAGAGCAAUUUAGCAUGUGCAAUGUGAUACUUGAAACAUAAUGAGAAUGUUUGAUGUAAUCCUCCAUUUCUUCAUUUGUGUUUAGUAUCAAAUCAUUUAUCAUAAAACCAAGCAUUCAAUGAUUUAUUUAUUUAUUUUAUUGUUUUUUUGAUGUGGACAUUACAAUUACAUUGGACAAACCAGAUGCAUUGUUUGAGUGUUUUAGCACAUGUGCUAAUUUGCAACACUUGUCCACAGGAGGGUUUUGAAGUAAUAAAAGUGAUAAAAUAAAAGAAGAGUAAAAAAAAGGAAUACGGUGUGAAUAAACAUUACAACAGUAAAAGGGAGACAGUUCCUCUGACCACAUACAUAAGCUGCAAAGGCAAACGCAGAGACAACAUGGUCAAGCAAUCAACCAGUUUAAGAGAAAUUGUGUGAGCGCUGUUGUUUUGAUUUUAGCCACUGUGAUAUUAUUCAUAGUGAGUGAGUAUCAGAUCUGACUCUUUUAUCAGCCAUAAGUACAAGUUAGAUCAAAUAAUCAGGGAUCUUGAAGACCACGACCCCUCCUCUCUCUCCUCACACACACACCCCAGAGACACUCGCAGUGUGAAGGAGAUAAAACCAGUAGUUGGGGGUGCUCACUCUCUUCUUUUGUUACUCUUCUCUCUCUUAUGCUCACGCCCUUCUGUGUUCCUCUUCUUUGUUUUCUCUUAUUUCUUACUAAUUAGUCUUACUUUUUUUUAGUCAUGUAAGUUUUACGCCACAUGUUCAUUCACGUUGAUUUUUCUUUAACGUCGUCUUAGUUCAAGUUUCGAAACCUUAACUUUUUGUGCGCAUAGCAAUUCAUGAUUAAGCCUUUAACUGGUUUUUCUUUAAUUUUACACAGCCAUUUUUGAAAUAGUUUCAACUGGCCAUCGAGCCUCUUUUUCUGAGUUACCUGCAUGAUUUCAAAGUUUUGUUUUUUUCAUUUAAAUUUUAAUUGGCAACCACAGAGACAAAGGUGAUGAAUAAGCAUGAUUAAAUUAAUCCUAGCUACUAGAACGAUUUUCAGUUGAAAUAAAAUAAAAGUGAGAAAGAUGAAAAACAAAAACAGAAAGAGAAAAAAUAUAUAUAAAAUAAAUAUAUGUAGCAAUCAAGACAACCCUGUAUGUGGAACUCACACAUUCCUCACAGGAAAGUUUCCUUAUCUGGUCCCAGGACACAGGAUAUAAAUCUUUUCAGACUUGUUUGCACUUUCAGAUUACCUAACUGACCCGACCGGAGGUUGAACCUCUGACUCUUCACGAUUGGUCAAGUCAGAGAACAGAUUCUGAGUUUUUAUUACCUUUCAAACUGACUCCAUCGCUGACUAUCUAAAUAAUCAUUCAUGCCUCAAUCCAGGGGCCUUAUGUAUCAACGCUUGCGGCGCAAGAAAACCUUGCGGACGCCAAAAUCGGCGCACACGUCCAGAUUUAUCAUCGCGAAACGAGCGUCGGUUCCAGCGCUAAUCAACGCAAAGUCAGGAGGUGGUGUAGAAAUUGGCGUUGAGCCGAUACUUGCGUUGACUGUGAUUCGCACUUUGGCGACGCUGUGUGGCGGUGUUUGGUGACUCACUAUGUGACAAGCGUGCACCACAUCCCCGUGGCCGAGCAGCACGUCGCCCCACAUGACGAACCAGCAGCAAACGGAGGGAUGCGAGCUGAUCCCUGCCGGGCCGCCGUCCUCGCGCGGGAGAAUCUCAUCGCCACAGUGUGAAUGGGUAAGAAGUGAAUACACAGUUCAAUGAGCCAAAUUAAUUUAUUUUCUCCACCAGACGCUCGAGGACAUUUACGAGCCGGUCCAGCCGCUCGUUGAUCCCCGCGAUCCCCCUGAUGAUUUCUUCCUGCGAUUGCAGGACCCCCUCCGCGAGGACCCUUCCACUGCGUCCGGGUGGUCCAGCGGAAGCGCCGCGGCUGGUGGACGCUCCACCGCUUGUCGGCGCGCAGGUGCUGAUGCUGGUGCUGGGGCCGGGGGCCGGGGUGGCCCGAAUGCCGCUGGUCCUGGCCGACGACUCCGAGCCGGGGUUCCGCAAGCCGGCGACACGGCCGACACAUUGAUUUCUGUGACACAAUAAAAAUAUUUGUUCAUGUCAAUUCCUGCUUCUGUGUAUCUGUUGCGUUUACAUCUCUCUCCACGAUAUCAUAGGUAAUGUAAUCCAGUAUUUCGAGGUCAGUUAUGCACAUUACAGUUGUUUAUUGCAUAAAAAGUUAUCAAAAAUGAAGUUGAGGGCGAAGUAUAAAUCACGUCUAAAAAUAGACUGAAUCCCGACGUUGAAAUGAAGUACAAACUUAGACUAGACGUCUAAUAUACGUCUUUUGCUCAGUGGGAUGACAAAGCAUGUGGACAUUUGUGUGACACGCCACUUACCCUAUAAUAAUAAUCGCCACCACCCGCUGCUCAAACGGUGUGAGGUUCUCCUCUCGGACCCCCACCUGUCUGGCCAGUACUCCUCCGGAGGGCAGCUGUACGCCACUUGACAUCCACCUUGGGGUCCGACCACUUUUUUUAAUCUUCGCGGGGGUGCGUGUCUCGGAACCCACCGCAUUCACCCUCUCGCAAACUUUCUUCCACUCCAAGCGUUUUUGUUUUGCACUGACGCCACUGGACAGGCUGCCAAACAAAACACGCUGUCGCUCCUCCACCUCCGCCACCAGCACCUCCACCUCGCACGCCGUAAAUUUAGUUUUUCUUGUCAUUUUGUCUGCGUGCGAGGACAGGGAGACCCUAUUUAAAUAAAUCUGCAUAUUUAUAGGAGGGCGUAACGGGGACGGGCCCAGUCACUCCGACAUCUGCGCUCAAUUCCACGCUGAUUGGGAUUUAUCAAGGAAACACACGUGGAUUUCGGCGCCCGCACACAUUGAUACAUACAGAUUUUUUUCAGCGUGACGGACCUUGCGUGCGCUCGUUUCUGGUAUGAGUUCCACGCAAUUAUUGAUACAUAAGGCCCCAGGUCUCCCAUUUGAGAUUUACCAUCUUAAACACAUGGACCCCAAGGAAAGGUCUGAGGAGCAGGACACUGACCUCCAGACCUCAGUCGUAAAACCCUGCUCAACCAUGUACAGAUAAAAACUUCAUUCCUUUGGAGAAAGAAUACAAAUGACUGAUCAUGACAUCUUAUGUAUUCAGCAAUGUACUAAUCUGUCUAAUCAUUAAAUUUUUGUUAAAAUGAGAUAUGCUCCAGAAGCCAAGUCAUCACUCUGACAGAAUAAAUCCUUUAUUCUUUAAUUUCUUUAGACCAACAGCUUUUCAGACUGUUUCAUGAACUUUUAAGAGUUUAAUUUAUUGAGUAUAAAUCAUAACUUUACUAUAAGUGACAGAAAUAGUUUAGAAAUGUUUGGUUUACAUUUUAGUCAUUUAAUUAGUAUUUUUAACCAUUAGGUGGUUAUAAUGUCAUUGAAUAAUCGGAAUGUUAGUAUUUAGAAUCCAUUAUUAAUCAUGAUGAAGUUUAUUCACGUGUUACUCUUUUGUUGUUCACAGUUUCUAUGUGUUACUAUCUGUUUCAUUUCAGAGUAAUUUAGCAUGUUCAAUGUGAUACCUAAAACAUAAUUGAUGUGAUCCUACAUUUCAUUCAUAUGUGUUUAGUAUUAAAUUAUUUAUCAUGAAACAAAGCAUUCAAUGAUAUUAAUCAUAGUGAGUGAGUACCAGAUCUGACUCUUUUACCAGUCAAAAGUAUAAGUUAGAUAAAAAAAUCAGAGGUCCAAGGGGUCUCCUCUGCAGUUAGAGACCCCACGACCCCUCCUAUUUCUCCUCACACACACACACACACACACACACACCAGAGACACUCCCAGUGUGAGAAGAUAACACCAGUAAAGUGGGGUUGCUCAGGCUCUCAUAUCUCUUACGCUUCUACCAUCUCUUCUGUUCGGACCCUUCCGUGUUCCUCUUCUGUUUUCUCUUAGCUCUUACUACUUAGUCUUACUUUUUCUUAGUCUUAUUAAGUUUUACGCCACAUGUUCAUUCACGUUGAUUUUUCUUUAACAUCAUCUUAUUUCAAGUUGUGAAACUUCAACUUUUUGUGUGCAAGGCAAUUCAAGAUUAAGCCUUUAACUGAUUUUUCUUUAAUUUCGCAAAGCCAUUUUUGAAAUAGUUUCGACUGGCCAUCGAGCCUCUUUUUCUGAGUCAUCUGCAUGAUUUCAAAGUCACCUCUGAACGCCACACAGCAGGCCCAAAGUCAUCCUCUGUGCCAGAGUUCAUGGUAAGACAAAGGAGCAUCAAAUAGGAUCCAUACAACACUGGCUUUUGCUCCGGCCCGAGUGCUGCGACUCCUGGCCCAUCCUUCGGCUGACUUCUGUCGUCUUCUGAGCUGAACUGCUCGAACCGCCGGUAGCCCCAGACCUUCAGUACCUGCUCCAUCUUCUCCAAGGACCAGUCUCACUUAAGUAUGCAAACCUCCAGAGCACCAAACAGGGCUGAUGCUGUCUUGUCUCUCAUGUGGUCAUGACUCAGAUAUUUACUUAUUCUGGUAAUCCUAGGUUCAUCCAAAUCCACAUCCAAACUGCCACUUCCCCACCCAUAACCAUGGCCACAUCCUGGACCUUAUCUGUUCAACCGGCCUGGAAACAUCCCCCCCUCCUGCCAUGAUCUCCAUAUCUCUGAUCACUUGCUUAUCAAAACAGUUACAACCCUCCCCGACCCACCCAUCAGACUCAAACGAAUCAUCAACUUCCAGAACCUCAAAUCAAACAGCCCAUCUGCCCUCACCGCCGCUCUCUCUCUCAACCUCACCGCAUCACCCCCACAAGCGUCCGAUAACCCCUCUGAUCAUGUCACCUACUACAACCAGACCCUCUCCUCCUGUCUGAACCUACUUGCCCCUGUGAAAAGCAAAUCCGUCACAUUCGCCUGCUCUGCUCCUUGGUACACCCCAGCACUCCACCAGUUGAAACAAAAAAAAAAUGCCAACUUGAAAGUCUCUACAGGAAAACCGGACUCACAAUUCACCUCCAGCUCUAUACAGAUCACCUCCAUCAAUACAAAGCCACCCUCAACUCCGCCCGCUCAGCAUACUACUCCAACAUCAUCAACAUAA